AUGCUAGUAACGCCACGUGUUGCGUCAAUUGGCGAGAUGUCGUGCAAUCCGUCGAUAGGUGGGAUCGGUAAGGGCAACAUCGUGUGCGAAAUCGAUGCCUUGGACGGUGUGAUGGGUGUAGCUGCCGACGAAGGAGCGGUGAUGUACCAUCUGCUCAACUCCAGUCGGGGUCCGGCAGUAAGGGGCCCGCGUGCCCAGGAAGAUAGGGACCAUUAUGCAGCUGCCGUGCGUGACAUAAUCGGGAAACAAGAUAGUUUGCAUGUAGAGGAGUCGAUGGUCGAAGAUGUACUGGUGGAGGAUGGAGCAGUGCGCGGCGUGGUGUUUGCAGACGGUCGUACCGUUGAAUGCAAGGCCGUGGUGAUAACCACGGGCACCUUCCUUCGAGGCCGAUGCCAUCGUUCAAAGACGCAGGUACCAGGUGGACGGUUUGACCGUCUGAAAGGGGUGUUUGAAGCGCCGGCAGAUGGACUCUGUGCAACCCUCACCAGGCUUGGCAUAUCUACCAACCGAUUCAAAACAGGCACACCGCCGAGAAUCAAACGCAGUUCUAUAAAUUAUGAUGUGCUGGAGGUCCAAAAUUCGGACCUUGACCCGACCCCGUUCUCAUACCUCAACGCGGAGUCUGGGCCGCCGCUUCGGCACGGGGUGAUACAGUGUUACAAAACGCGUACCAACGCAAAUACGCAUAGGAUUGUAAAGGAGCAUCUGUGUGUUCUCCCGGACUACGAGAGCGGGUUCGGCAAGGGACUAGGGCCCAGGUACUGCCCGUCGCUCCCAGCCAAAAUAACGCGUUUCCCCAAUGUAGCAGGACAUGUCGUGUGGCUCGAACCUGAAGGAAUGGACAGUGAUCUUGUGUAUCCCAAUGGUGUGUCGGGAGCGUUUCCGCCAGACGUGCAGCUGGAGCUGCUUAGGACGAUACCCGGUUUGGAGGAAGUGGAGAUAGUAACCCCCGGUUAUGACGUGGAAUACGAUUACAUCGAUGCACGGCUGCUGCAUCAUACGCUGCAGCUCAAGCAGAUACGGGGGCUGUACUUCGCGGGCCAGAUAUGCGGUACAACCGGGUAUGAGGAAGCGGCGGGACUAGGGUUGGUGGCUGGAUGCAACGCAGCACUGUUUGCGCUUGCGUCCGGCCGUGAAUUCGUUUUAGAUCGCAGCGAAGGUUACAUUGGGGUGCUGAUAGAUGACCUCGUGCGAAAAGGAACGAGUGAACCCUAUCGCAUGUUCACAUCACGAGCGGAAGACCGCCUAUUUCUCCGCAUUGACAACGGAGACAUCCGCAUGCUGAAGAAGGGCCAGCAGUGCGGCCUCAUACGCAAUUCUGAACGCGUGGCUACCAUACGCGAGAAGUACGUGAGAGCGCAGGCUGUAAUCAAUCGCCUAAGGAGUUUGUCGUUACCUUUGAACAAAUGGGACGAAAACAUGGACAGCACUGACACUAAGAACGGCUGGGAGAUGCUGAAAGUGACUGGAGUUACAUUGCCGUCAAUUGAGGCACGAGUGAACGAACACUACCCUGACGGUCGUGUGACCAGCACGGACUUGCCUCCGAUGUCGGAAGCGGAGCGUUCUGGCAUUGAAGCCGCAUUCGAGGGUCUGGAGGACGGUAUAUUGGCUCAAGCCGCUCGCCGAUCGGUGGAGCCAACAACCAGUAACAAGUAUCUGCAAAGCGUAGUUGAGGCGCAAUGCAAGUACGCUCCGUUCGUCGACAGACAGGCUAAGCAAAUGGAACGCACAUUGAGAGGGAGAUCAGUUCCGCUGCGUCCAGACAUGGAGUACACGCGCGAGCGCUUCGCCUUCUUGUCUACGGAGGAGGUGGAGGUGCUCAGCCGCCACCGGCCGGCAACUAUAGCGGAAGCCGCCAAUUUACAGGGUGUGACGCCUGCUUCGCUAACCCUGCUUGCUGAACAAGUCAUUAAAGGGCUCUGA